UUCCAGUCAUACGAUCUGUCAUCAUCGUUCGUACAAUGCGAAAAGGGAAGUUGAAAGAAGUGGGAGAGGGACAUCGCGGAGGCUUAUGAAAUCUAAUGCCGCUGUAGCCGACCGGGUAUCCGACACAUUGUGAAGAGCAACAAUCAUUUGCCUGGAGACACCGUUCACAAUAACCAGCUUUCGCGUUUUUGUAGGUAUUUUCUGCAGUUUUCCACAGUACGUCAGCGUGCAGAGGAAGAGACCUGACAGCGUGACAUGGCAAGUAGAGGCGGAGCUACACGACCCAAUGGGCCGAACGCAGGCAACAAGAUCUGCCAGUUCAAACUUGUGCUUUUAGGAGAGUCAGCUGUGGGGAAGUCAAGUCUCGUACUUCGUUUCGUCAAGGGGCAGUUUCAUGAAUUCCAAGAGAGCACAAUCGGAGCUGCCUUCCUGACUCAGACAGUAUGUUUGGACGACACAACAGUCAAGUUUGAAAUCUGGGACACAGCUGGUCAGGAACGCUACCACAGUCUGGCUCCCAUGUACUACAGAGGUGCCCAGGCAGCUAUUGUGGUGUACGAUAUAACAAAUGAGGAGUCAUUCGUGCGGGCGAAGAACUGGGUUAAAGAGCUUCAGAGACAAGCCAGUCCAAACAUUGUAAUAGCUCUGGCUGGGAACAAGGCUGAUCUCGCAAACAAGAGAGCACUGGACUUCCAGGAUGCACAGUCAUAUGCAGAUGAUAACAGCUUGCUUUUUAUGGAAACGUCAGCAAAGACCUCUAUGAACGUGAAUGAAAUCUUCAUGGCCAUUGCAAAGAAACUUCCCAAGAACGAGCCUCAAGCAGCCGGUCCUGGCAGCCGGGGGAACCGAGGAGUGGACCUGACAGAGACGGCUCAGCCCAGCAGCCGCCCCUGCUGCAGUAACUAACCCGGCUCUUCCUGCUCAUCCUCCCCACACACACCCCCUCCCUCCUCCUCCCCCAUCUGAACAUCUGGACAUCGGGCUCCUUGGCUUCCUGACGUCAGACCUCACUCCCCUGGAAUAGCAUAAAGACUCUGUAUAGCUGCAUUUCUAAUACCUUUUAUUUUGUUGAUGUUCUCUUUUUUUUCUUUCUUUUUUUUUUUUUUUUUUUUAACUUUUUUUAAGAAGUGUAUAUCAGUAUAAUGGAUGCAUGUAUCACUACAACGCCUAAAAAACACAUUUUUAUCUCUUAUUAAGUUCAGAGACUAACCCCCUUAAGGAAAAGAUGAGCGAGAGAAACGCCCAUGAACGUGUGAUUGUGUUGUGUGUGAAUUUUCUGAGAAUGGUCUGCUGGUGAGAAGGUGUAGCCUCAUUUGUCACUUCACAGGGUCGACUAGAUUCGAAUGACCAUGCCUGUUGUACAGAUUACGUGUGCAGGUUAAGUCAUGCUCACAAUCAGAAGAAAACCAAAUUGUUCCCAUCUUGAGACGUCUGAUUUUACGGACUCUUGUGAGGACGAGAACCGCUCCUUUACCGCUGUUUGACGAGAAGACAUCCAAGGCUCCUGGUGGAAAAAUAUUGGAACGGCCUGUUUGGAAAAUACCUAAAAAAAACAUCCUUUUGGCAAGUACAGAAGAAGAAAAGACCUGGAUACACAUCUGGCUUGCUGUUAUUUGCAAACAUCUGUAUAAAUAACACAACUGAGUCAUUGAGAUGUAGAAAAAAUGGAGUUUGAAAGAGCAGAAGCAUCUGGAACAAGUAAAAGUGAGGCCGAUGUAAGAGGAUUAAAAAAUGUGUUGGGUUAUUUUUUCCUUUAAAAAAAUUCUACUGUGUUACAUUAUCAUAAAGUCUGUAACAGAAGCUCCCAGAAGUCAAAUUUUUACACAGGUUUGAUGGAAAAGAAAAUAAACAGGAAACUUGAAGACUGUUGAAAAACCUGCUUGCAAAGACUUUUAACAUAAAACUUCCUGUUAAUCUCCUGUCUUUGUACAUCAGCUCUCUUUCUGUUCAGGCCAGUAGUUGACCUGCAUCAAUUUGGGCGAUCCUAUCAGAGCGGGGGUCUUAUUUUUAGAGUAGACUUCAGACAGCACACAAACAAAAAAUUGGACUAGCUCCCAUUGUCACAAGUCUGUGGAAAAAAUAUACUCUAAUGUUGUUAUAGGGUGCAAUGUUGUCUUCUUCCUCCUUUAGUACAGCUUGCAGAGCUCACCUGGAAAUAAUUUAGAGAUUCUGAACAAUUGUACAGUUCAAUAUAAGUCUGCUUAUUUUAUUUUAUUUUUAUUUCCAUCCUUGUCACAAACUGGUCAAAUGUAAAGCAGUGGUGGUCUUUUUUAGGUAUAUGUAGUGUUAUUAACAGAAUCCCUCUCUGGUGUCUUGUUACUUUUCUCAGAAAUGGUCCAUGGUCAUGUUUGAAAGGAACUUUUAUUGCAUUGCACAGUGUUGAUCAUGUUUUAAUUAAUGACUGCCCUUCGAUUUUAUAUGACGGACUGUAUUGGACUUUGCUAACCUACGGCUAUAAGCAGGUAGCAUCAUUAACCUUACUGGUGGUCUCUCUUACAGCUCAAUGAAUUUUAAUGAUGUAAAACAGCAUUACUAGUGAUGGGCUGAUCAGUUUUGAGUGUCUGAAUACAACUUAAUAAAUUCAAUAAAGAGG